AUGGAGAGAAAAGAUAAGCAUGAUAAGGAAGAAUGCGGAUCUCUCAAGUCAAAGUGCAGUUCCACGAGGACCGGAGUAAGUCUAGCGGUCUCUGUAGAGCUGGAAAUGUUGGAGUUAAAAAAGAAGGCCGCCGCCAUGCAAGCAAAAUUGUCUUUCAAAGAAAAGGAAAAGAAAGUAAAGGAAAUGGAAAGAAAAGCCAAGAUGGCACAAGAAGCAUACGAAGAGAUGCAAGAUGCAUUAGUCUGCGAGAUAGAACUCGCAGAAAACGAAGCUAAGUUAGAAGUGCUGGAAGAAUUUGGAUUGGAGAAAUCAUCCCUAUUGGAAGGACUUGAUGUCAAUAAAGAAGCUGAUAUGGAUAGAUUUCUGAAGUCAUGCGAGGCAGAUGUAACGCCUCCUCCAAAUCUUGUAGCGGGGCAGUCGCCGCAGAAUUUCCAAGUACCUUCUACCCAACAGUCAGGAUGGGAGCAGAUUGCCAAAUCACUGGAAAGAUGUGUUACUCAGCUCGGCAACGUAAGUCUCCAACAAUGUGCCGCUAAUCAGGAAAUGUCGGCAUCUCUUCAGCUACCUAAGAUAGACAUUCCCAUCUUUAAUGGAGACCCCAUGACCUACCCAAUGUGGAAGCAUGCAUUCAUAAGUAUGAUAGAUAGCAAGCCAAUGGGAUCUACCACCAAGUUGAUGUACCUGAAUAAUUAUGUAACAGGAAAACCAAAGGAUGUCGUCCAGCAUUUCAUGCUGAUAGGAAGUGAAGAUGGCUAUGAAAGAGCGAUGAGUCUCAUAAGUGAGAGAUAUGGAAAUCCAAGCAUCGUUAGCACAGCCUACAUGAAUAAACUUGCCGCCUGGCCAAAGAUAGGACCGAAGGAUUCAAACGGUUUGAUGGAGCUCGCAGAUUUCCUAGGAAAAGUAAAGGCAGCAAAGCAAUCAGUAAAAUCUCUUGGAAUCUUAGAUUAUCCACAGGAGAAUGCCAAACUUCUAGAGAAAUUGCCUGUAUAUCUCGAAGGAAGAUGGAGAGAUGAGAUUGACCGUCAGAGAGAAAACAUCGACCAACAAGAAUAUCCAUCAUUCUCAAAGUUUGAAGAGUUUGUGAGAAGGGCAGCUAACAAGGCCAACAUCCCUGAACUUGCAGGCCUCAGAGAAACCUCGAGAAGUCUUGGAGCAUUGGGUCCUAAAGCAAGAACAUUCGCUACAGAUGGAAGGAGGGUAAAAUCGGAAUGGUCGAAAAAUGGAAGCUAUGCAAACUGUCCUUGGUGUAAGGAAGACCAUACCCUAGAUGAAUGUGAUGAUUUCGUCACCAAGCCUAUGUAUGACCGGAAGGCAUUUUUCUUCAAGCGGAGACUGUGCAUGGGAUGUGGGAUGACAGAUAGUCAUCGUAUCAAGGAGUGCCAAGAUCGACGAUCGUGCAAGGAAUGUGGGGGUAGCCAUCUGUCCUGUCUACACUAUGCUACAAAGAAGACUGAGCAUGCAGGGUUUGCCAACUGUACUACAGUAUGCUCAAUCCAGGAUCAAAACGGCAGAGAUCAUAGUAUGAUUGUACCAGUCUGGGUGAGACAUCAAGAAAAUCCAAGUAAAGAGUGCCGUGUGUAUGCAGUGCUUGAUGAUCAGUCAAAUGUAAGCUUCAUGUCAGAGAAACUGCGUGACAAACUCGGCGUAAAGGGAGCUUCAACAAAUCUGCAGCUGACAACAAUGCAUGGAAGUUCUAACAUCGAAAGUAAGAAAAUCAAGGGUCUGGAGAUACAAGACUAUAAUAAGGAGCAUGUAAUUCAACUACCAGUGGCCUUUGCAAGACAGGAAAUACCAGCCAGCAGGUCACAAAUACCCAAGAAGGAGGUGGUAAAUCACUGGCCUCAUCUUCGUCAAGUUGCGGAUGAAAUGAUACCCUAUGAUAGAAACAUUGAUGUGUCACUCUUGAUCGGAAAUGAUUGCCCAAGAGCUAUCCGGCCUCGACAAGUAAUCACUGGAGGGGAGGAUGAUCCCUAUGCUCAAAAAUCUCUCCUAGGUUGGGGAAUUAUUGGAAAAGUCUGCCUGACAUCUGAAAGUUCAGGUGCUGUUGUUUGCAACAAAGCUACAAGUUGUGAGAGCGAGAAGUUUGCAGUCCCGUCAACAGCGAAAGAAAUCCUCUGCCCGCAGAAAGUCAUUGCGAUUCUCGAGAAGGACUUUGCUGAUGAAAACAUGGGAGGGCAGUCUAUCUCAAUGGAGGACAAGAAGUUCCUGCGAAUCAUGGAGAAAGGAAUAAGGAAACGACCAGACGGACAUUAUGAGAUGCCCCCCCCCCCCUCAAGACGCCUAACACAUCGCUACCAUACAAUCGCAAAGUAG